AUGCACUUCCACACCACAACACUGGGCACCGCCCUCGCGGCCCUCCUGACCCUCACCACCGCCCUCCCAACCACCUCAUAUUCCUCCCUCACCACCCGCGACGACGGCCAAUGCCCCACCGGUAAAAACUACUACGUCUGCUACAAGAACAAGUUCCGCGGUUGCUGCUCCAUCGACCCCUGCGACCUGGAUACCGGCUGUCCCGACGACAAGCCCACCGACCCCACGCCCCCAACUUGCACGCCGGGCCAAAUCUACCAGCCCAAGAUGGAAACCUACAUCUCUUCCUCUGGCGAGCCCAUCUCCACCCCAAACCUUAAUGUCUCCAAUACCGCCACCGCAAAAUGGGACCAGACGAUGACGUUCUCCCUGCCCAAGGGCGCCAAGUCCUGCUCCCUGAACUGGGGCGUGCCCGCCGAGCGCAACUUCAAGGCCGGCAAUAAUGCCCUGGUGCGGGUGUGGAAGGGGGAUAACUUCGAGGGCGACAGUGUUGGGGCCGCGGACUUUACAAACUGGCCGGGUGUGGAUGGCCCGCAUACGCAUACUGUCGGCAGUGUGGAUUGUGCCGAGGAAUUGGUUUUCCGGGCCAAGCUGGUCAAGGAGAGUGAGGUUUUCUUGGAACAGAAUGCUGAGACUGGGUGGUAUGUUGAUUACAAGUGUUAG